GGCCUGGUGGGCUUCUUGAAUUUCGAGACCCGGAAGCAGGUCUCCCUGAACAUGGUCACGGCAAUUGUAGAGGACAACCGGGCCCUCAGCUCGGUGGAUGAUGUAACCGCCCUCUUCGGCUUCAUUGGCCCAUUGCUUAAAGAUGAGGAAGACACGCCAAUGGAUGAGG